GACAACGUAGCAGUUUGCAAGGCUCUCCCUUUCUUUUUCUUCAGUGCACAGAGAGACGAGCAGCUGCAAAAGAAAGCUACUUCUUCUUCUUCAUGUAACAACUCGGAAAGAUCUCCGGUUAUGGAUGCAAGUGCGCGCGGUAGCACGUUGGAAUUUGAGAGCAAAUAACUUUUUUUUUUUUUUUUUUUUUUUUUGCCAAUAAGUGGCGAGUCGAUCGAAGAAUUAUGGAUUCGUUCGCGCCAAACGACACGUCGGCAGAGUGCGCGGGGGCGCCGCGCGUUCUCGCGGCGCAGGACGGGAGCGCGGACGCGUCCAACCGGAGCUGCGGCAACAUCUCCGCGGCGCUCGCACCCAGAGGCGUUCGGCCAAAGGAUGACGACCACACGCUGAGGAUCCUGCUCUACUCCUUCAUCUUCUUCCUGAGCGUGUUCGGGAACCUGCUGAUCAUCGUGGUGCUGACGCUCAACAAGCGCAUGCGCACCGUCACCAACACCUUCCUGCUGUCGCUGGCCAUCAGCGACCUAAUGAUGGCCGUCUUCUGCAUGCCCUUCACGCUCAUUCCCAGCAUCCUCAAGGACUUCAUCUUUGGCGCCAUCAUGUGCAAGAUAGUAUCCUACCUCAUGGGUAUAUCGGUCAGCAUCUCCACGUUCAGCCUGGUCGCCAUAGCAAUUGAGCGCUACAGCGCCAUCUGUAACCCCCUGAAGUCCCGCGUUUGGCAGACCCGUUCCCACGCUUACCGGGUAAUUGCCGCGACGUGGCUGAUGGCAGUCGUCGUCAUGAUCCCGUACCCGGUGGUCAGUCAUCUGGACUCCUUUCCGAGCCCCGGCAACACCACCGCCCACCAGUGUCGUCGCAAGUGGCGCGACGCCGUGGCCGAGCAGUCCUGGUACGUUUUGCUGCUGCUUUUGCUGUUUGCCAUUCCUGGCGUGGUGAUGAGUGUGGCCUAUGGCCUCAUCUCCAGGGAGCUUUACAGAGGGAUCCAGUUUGAGAUGGGACACAAAAAAGACUCUACAGACGUGAAGAAUGGCUUGACUUCAACAGCGUCGUGCGGCAGCGACGACGGCGACGGCUGCUACGUCAACGUUCAGCGUCCCUACUCGCUGGAAAUGUCUGCCAGGUCCGCCUCGGCCAAGACGCCCAAAGCAGACCGGCCGCGCAGCAACACGUCGGAGGCCAAGCUCGAGGCCAAGAAGCGAGUCAUCCGCAUGCUGGUGGUGAUCGUGGUCCUCUUCUUUCUGUGCUGGAUGCCGCUGUACUGCGCCAACACGUGGCGGGCUUUCGACAACGCUUCGGCCAACAAAGCCCUCUCGGGCGCGCCCAUUGCUUUCAUUCAUUUGCUGAGCUACACCUCCGCCUGCGUCAACCCCAUCAUCUACUGCUUCAUGAACACCCGUUUCCGGAAGGCUCUGCUCGCUACGUUCGCCUGCUGCGCCGCCCCGGGCCGUUGCCGACGCCGGCGCCGCGGGCUGAGGGACAACGAGGAGGACGUCACGGCCAUGGGACCCUCCGUGUGCAAGUUCAGUUACACGACAGUCAGCACCAUGGGAACCUGCUGAGGCUGAUGGAGGCAGCUCCUGUCUGGAAGAGACAGUUACUAUGGCAACGCGGUACACAACAUCCGCUGUGCUUAGCCCAAAGUGAAAACAGUCGGCGUAAUGUAGCAACGUACAAGCUUAAACCCAUGACUGUGAGGGAAUCAAAAAGGGAUAGUAAAACUCACAGUGUACAUACCUCAAUUGAAACACACAAAAAUGGAGUAUACAAAUUGCUGGUUGAGGUGUUCAAUCAGGGGUGUCCAAACUUUGGCGUGGGGGCCGCUGUCCCUUUUUUUUGGGGGGAGUCUGUGACAUAUAUAAUCUGACCUCGUUGGUUUUCUGUAAAUUUACAAAAACGCCAAGUAACUCGUAAAACGGUACCAACAUUCAUAAUGCCCGAUGAAUCAAGACAAUUCAGCUGCAGCAGCAAAGUGCGUCGAUCGCAAUUGUGAGCUCCACUUUCGCUUGCUCUUGUUUUGAUUCUGAAUGUGGACACUGCUUAGUCCAGGGGUGGCUCGAUUCUGUUGGGAUACAGGGCUGCUGACCACUUCAAAAAUCCUGAAAAACCCUUGCUUUUUCAUUAAAAAAAAAUAAAUAAAUACAUAUAAUGUAUACCGUGUACAAAACACUAUACAAUAGCUGAGCGUAUCUUUACCUACACUGAUGGAUUGAUUUUAGCGUGUUACUGUAAAUGAAAAUAAAUGUGAAGAAGGUCAACGUGGCCCUUCCGUCCUUUGAUUUUUUUUGUACGCAAACAUUGGAAGAGAAAGUUUGGACACCCCUCCGUUAAAUAAUGAGACUUUCCAACUUAGUGGUCAUUAAGUGAAGAAAAAAACGUUUCUGUCGCCUAUUUAUAGACCUGAUUGUUAGUAACGCUAAUUCGGCUGCCUUUUGUAAAAAGUGCCUGCUUGUUAAUAUCGUUCUUGUCAGUGCAACAUCUUGGAAGUACUUAUCGACUUGAGGUGUGUUGAUGUAAAUUGAAAAGUUGCAGAAACUGUAUAUGUAUAUUGCUGCGCUACGUGUCAUGUGUAUGCGCGAGUGACGUCAGGAGCCGCGGUCAUUCGGGUUGACCGUUAACCACGCGGCCAUGCGACGUUGACACCACGGGGAUUUGGGCGUUUUUUAAAAUCCAUAUUCAAAGUCUUGCUAAAUUAUCUCACGGGUGAUCACGAUAUCCCUGAUAGGCUGCGGGGGAAAUGAAUAAUUAAAAUAACGAAGUGCUCUUUUUUAAAAAGUGUUUAUUUUAAUGGCACUGUAGUAGGCACUGUGUCCUUUCCAGUGUUGUAGCGAUAGUAAUGCUUUCCGUAGAAAUUGUGACAUAGCGUGCAUCUAUAACUCAACUUCCCAAUGAUGACAUCAUGUUGUACUUCUUCAAAUUAAUCAACAGCGCCUCUGCUGGUGGCCUCCGAAUAGUGCACUCAAUUCCUCCCGAUUGAUUCCACAUAAUCCACAGUAUACUCGAUUAAUUAGUAGAUUAUGAUGCCCAUUCCUAACUGUAAUAGUCUAGUCUAAUCAACAUCGGACACAAGUCUCUUUCUUGUGUGUGUUUCUUUGGACUGAGGAUAAAAAAAUAAACGUGGCCCAAUUUUUCUUAAUCUUUUACAAAUAAUUAAUGAUCACAUUAUUGAUGUGACGUAUUGAAUUUUGGCCAUGUUAAUUGGUUUGGUCAUGGUGGUAUGGACUGAAAGAUGCCAUUAGGACUGAAAUGUAGCUUUAGGAAUGGCACAUUAGGAACAAUCUCGUAAUAGAAUUAUGAAAUGCUGCAUUCAAACACCAUCAUUUAUAACUUCUAAUGAGUUUUGUUUGUUUUUUUUAAAAAAAAACAGCGAGUCGGCAGCAGCCUUCAAUAUUUGACAGCAGCACCGGGGGUAUCGUGUAAUUAGUUGCAACGAAGUUCAGGCGUUUCUCAGAGACUCCACGUCCCCGCAAGCUUCUACCAGAAUGAUAUCUGUGGAAGAACUUGACUUUCAUUGUUACUGCUGCUAGAUGCCGAUGGCUCCAUAGUGGUUGCUAGCAGUUUCAAGCACUUAUUGAAUGAAUCACAGUUUAUAAGCACAUUCAAAUUUAAGACCCAUUGUGUGUCUAAAUACUGUUGGGCAAAAAGAAAAGUAUAGGAAUGCAAUAUCGACCGGGUUUAUGAGUGACACUUAAGGAGCCCCGCACCCCGGCGAGGUUUGAGAGAAUAAUUUCCCGGCGGUGUCACAAAAGUUGCGUGAUGUCGACACACACCUCGGCUCAUCCACUUUGCCACUCACACUGACAGCAGCUUAUUAAAUUUGUUGUUCCAGAUAGGUGCCACUCAUUUUCCUUCCGGUGCAAUUCAUACUGAGCGUUUGAACGUUUCGAAAUUCAACCUAAAGUGAAAUCAGGAAAUGAUAACGAGACAGGUUUGCUGUGUCGACAACAUUCCCCCCCAAAAAUGCUUGGAUGGUUAAUUGAAGACUCCAAAGUGUCCAUAGGUGCGAAUGCGAGCACGAUCGGUUGUUGUGAGCUCCAGCACAGCCGUGAAAUUAAGUUUGCAGUCUGGACCGGGUUUUAAUAUUGAUAUCUGUGGAGAAAAAAAAAAAUACCUGAAACAUUAUUCCACCUUAGUGCACUGGAAGAUUUUUAAAUUUAUGGUCUGGGGUCCUCGGUUGGGCAAAUUGACCGAAAAGCCAAAUAAUACAAAUUCCAAAAUGAAUUCCUUUCGGCUUAUCAUUUAAAAUCAAUUUCAACAAGCACCUCUGGUUUGAAUGUAAUAGUGCUUGGAACAAAGGAAAAAAAUGUUUUGCAAUAGAAGACAAAAAUAGAUGUUAUUUAGGCUUAUAUUUCCUGUGUAAAUAAUAACGCAGUAAUUGGAGGAUAGUUAAAAUACCGUAAAAUAAAAUAUUGAUGAUACAUCACUUUAUCUUUGUAACCGUGCAAGAAGAAAAUAAAGCAUUUAUUGUUGCUGUCUGAAGAAAAAAACGUGUAUGUCAGAUUGUGGUUUUAUCAGGAGAAAUAAUAAUAAUAUUAAUAAUAAAAGCUUUAUAUCAAAGGUGUUUCAUACAACACACCACAAACGACUUAUCAGACAGAUUUCGCGCCGCAAUCAUAGAUCUUUGUGCAUGGCCAUCUGCUUGAAUGACUAAAUUCAUCAUCCAAGCUUGGAUGUGCAGACGAUAUCGGUCAGCGGAGGCCACCGUAACGAUGUCCAGAACAUUGAAUUCGGGUGCCGAGUCGUAAUACUUUGGCGGACCAUCCUAGCGAAGAUUUUAAGACCGCCGUGUCUUGUGAGAGUCGCGCAUCAGGGCAUUGUUUAAAUGCACACCAUCUCCGAGGCGCAUUUCAGAUUAGUGCAAAUGUCAACAUGAAAACACGGAGGCUUUUUCUUUCUUUUAACAUUUGUAUUUUUUUUUUUUUUUUACGUACGAGCAACGUGCAUUCCUGCUCAUCUGUGUCUUUGAUAUUCUAAAAGUGAUGACACUUUACGUUGAAAUUCUCUUGUGAUGUAAAAAUGAAUGCAGUCUGUCGUUUUGUGACGCUGCGUAAAGGAAGUGUUUCGGUCCGAUAGUGCGCCAUGUUUCCAAGCAGCUUGUUGGUGCCCAAGGCUACAUUGAAGACUGAAGAGUUAGAGAAGCGUACAAGGGCACUCUUAUGUCCACUUGAAUUGUCCCGCUUCCCAGGCCACCCUUGCAUUAAACGUCGCUUGAUUGUACGCUAUCAGUAUUUUCUCUAAUCCCUCAUGUAUUUAUAUGGGUCAGUGUUGUUUGGGACCAAAUGGCAAAUUUGCUCCAGGCUUUGACUUGACAUCGCAUCAUGGUAACACAGCAGAAAUGAAUGUGACGGUUGUCUUUUCUGGAGCAGAGUGACAGUGUAAAAAGUGUGCUUUAUUGUGACAACUGUCUACAAAUGCCGAAAGCAUCUUUGUGCAAUUGUAAGGCCUUACGUGUUUACUUGUGCUUUGAUUAUAAUCUGAAGUAUCAUCUGAUGUUACAUCAUGGAGGAGGAACAACAAAGUCUACCUCCAUCAUGGAAGUGCAGAAAGGAAGCUCCUCAACAUAUUGUCUCCGACAUAUGGAACGUUUGUGUACUGAAGUGAUUUUUUUCCCCCUCUGCUGCUACUUGUUCGUGUAAUAUUUAAAAUAAAGUCAUAUUA